AUGGAUCAAGCCCCCCCUGCGCCUCCACCACCACUUGCGGACGAGGCUCUUGGCGCUGUGAUUCAACUUGCUCACGCUGCAUCGCGAAACGAGGACGACAACCACCACAACCACCCGACGACUGUGAAAGGCCGUACCGGCGAUAUGACAGACAACGGACGCGCUCCAAAGCACAUGCGCAUGGAGAGUGAGUCUCCCCACGGUGGCGUCGAUGCGCAGGCUCUUUCGUGGGCCCCGUCGGCCCCCCCUGCCUACCCGGGACAUGGCCUAGACCAAGGAGCCAUGCCCCUUCCGCCCCCCGAUGCCAACACCUUCGACCCUGCAGCCUAUGGCGAUGCACCGCCUGUACAGAAUGACCAAGCUCGCAUGGCUGCGCCUCCUGUCCCCCAGAGUGGCGCCCCUGAGCCACCCAAGCACCUUACGUCCGAGCAGACUGGCUUGGUCGGAGCCCGCGGCAAGACAGGCAUGACCCGAACUCUCAGUACGAGUCGCCGCGCGGAGCAGAAUCGCAAUGCUCAACGUGUGUUCCGUGAGCGCAAAAACAAGUACAUCGCGGAUCUUGAAAGCAAGGCAGCCUCGCUCGAGAGCGCUUUGCUUGCUGCGGAGGAGCACCGGCGUCGCUUUAGUGAGGCCCUAGAAACGAUUGAGAUCCUUAAGCGCGACAACGAUACGUUGCGUGUGGCGCUGCGUGCGCUGGGUGGCCACCAGGCCGUGCCGAAUGCGCCGGCACUGCCAAUCGACCGCGCCUCGCAUGCGUCAGCGCUCCUGCCCACGUUCGCCCAGCAACACGGUGGACCUGGCGGGCAUGGCCGCGGUGCAGAGCACCACGAUGGGCCACACGGCCAGAACCAGGGCCCUUCCAUGCACGAGUCAGCCGACCAGAACCAGGAUCCGGCCACGGCGGCAGCUGUGGCUGCGGCGGCGUCAGGUGGUGCACCGUACUGGCUGCUCGAGGCUGUCUCGAACGCCAACCAGCAGCAUGGGUUCCCCGUCUCUGGGCACUUUUCGUCUCAGCUUGGCGAUGGCGGCAUGCCGGCUGGUGCCGCUUCAAUGCAUGCCGCAGAUCCGAACGCCAUGCGUUCGCGCGGGGCAAUGCCGCCCCGCACUGAGGGUAUGCUCGAUCCGUCGCUGGAGCAUACAGCCCUGGGUGAUGCGUCUCGCUCGUCUGGUCGCGUCCACAAUGAGGAUGGGAAAAAUAACGAGCAGCUAGAUGCGUCGGGCAAUCCUGACAACCUAGCCUCUCUCAGCGCCGUGGCUGCUGCCGCCGCCGCCGCCGCGUCACAGAAGGUGAACCAGUAA